AUGGCUGCUCCCUCUGCUUCGGUCGACCAGCUCGCCAACGAGCUCAACAACACCUCCCUCAACGGCGGCGAAAAGGCUGCCCCCGCUAUCAACACCAACGUCGGUGAAGCCACCGACCUCGAUGCUGCCGGCCCUACCCCCAGCUCGGCGGCCGCUCAUCAGCAGGCCUCUGCUUCACUGUAUGUUGGCGAGCUCGAUGAGUCCGUCACCGAGGCCAUGCUCUUCGAGCUGUUUUCGCAGAUUGGCCCCGUUGCCUCGAUCCGCGUUUGCCGUGAUGCCGUGACCCGCCGCUCGCUGGGCUACGCCUACGUCAACUACAACAGCACUCCCGAUGGCGAGAAGGCCCUCGAGGAGCUGAACUACACCCUCAUCAAGAACCGCCCUUGCCGCAUCAUGUGGUCGCAGCGCGACCCUGCUCUUCGCAAGACCGGCCAGGGCAACAUCUUCAUCAAGAACCUCGAUGCUGCCAUCGACAACAAGGCCCUGCACGACACGUUUGCCGCUUUCGGCAACAUCCUGAGCUGCAAGGUCGCCCAGGACGAGCACGGUGCCUCCAAGGGCUACGGUUUCGUGCACUACGAGACCGAUGAGGCCGCGCAGCAGGCCAUCAAGAACGUGAAUGGCAUGCUUCUGAACGAGAAGAAGGUGUACGUCGGUCAUCACAUCCCCAAGAAGGACCGCCAGAGCAAGUUCGAGGAGAUGAAGGCCAACUACACCAACAUCUACAUCAAGAACCUGAACCCUGACGUCACCGAUGAGGAGUUCCGCGAGCUGUUCGAGAAGUUCGGCACGGUCACCUCGUCGACCAUUGCCCGUGACCAGGAGACUGGCAAGAGCCGUGGUUUCGGCUUCAUCAACUUCACUGCCCACGAGGCUGCGGCCGCUGCGGUGGCUGAGCUGAACGAGCAGGAAUUCCACGGUCAGGAGCUGUACGUUGGCCGUGCUCAGAAGAAACACGAGCGUGAGGAAGAACUCCGCAAGUCUUAUGAGGCCGCUCGCCAGGAGAAGGCCAGCAAGUACGUCGGCGUCAACCUGUACAUCAAGAACCUUGAUGACGAGGUCGAUGACGAGAAGCUCCGUGAGCUGUUCGCUCCUUACGGCCCCAUCACCUCUGCCAAGGUCAUGCGCGAGACGCUGGCCGAGGGCGAGGAGGAGGCCGCCAAGGAGACCAAGGACGAGAAGGAGGAGGAGGAGACCGCCGAGGACAAGACGGAGGCUGCCGAGGGCGAUGCCGCUACUGAGGACAAGGCCACCAAGGGCCCCAAGCUCGGCAAGAGCAAGGGCUUCGGCUUCGUUUGCUUCAGCAACCCCGACGAUGCCACUAAGGCCGUUACGGAGAUGAACCAGCGCAUGGUGAACGGCAAGCCGCUGUACGUUGCUAUUGCGCAGAAGAAGGAGGUUCGCAAGAGCCAACUGGAAGCCAGCAUCCAGGCCCGCAACACCCUGCGUAUGCAGCAGGCUGCUGCCGUGGCCGGUAUGCCCCAGUCCUACAUGCAGCCCCAGGUCUUCUACCAGCCCAACCAGCAGCAAGGCUUCCUACCCCAGACUGGUGGCCGUGGCAUGGGCUUCCCCCAGGGUGGCAUGGGCAUUCCCGGCGGCCGCCCUGGCCAGUUCGGCCCCGGUGGCUUCCCCCAAGGCGGCCGUGGCGGUAUUCCUCCCCAGCAGCUGCCCCCUAACAUGUACCUGCCGGGCCAGUUCCCCCCUGGCGUUCCGUUCAACAACGGUCCCAACAACGCCCAGUACCUGGCUGCCAUGCAGCAGGUGCAGCAGACCGUUGGCCGCGGUGGUGCUCCGGCUGGCGGCCGUGGCCCCAUCCCGGGCAUUCACGGUAACAAUCUCGGCGGUCCUGGCCUGCCUGGCUUCCCUCCCUCGACCCGUCAGAACGGCGGUCGUGGCCGUGGCGGCUUUAACGGCCCCCAGGGUGGCCGCGGCGGCCAGAACGUGGCGGCUCCCAGCGCUGCCGGCCCGGAACUGAGCCAGGCUGCUCUGCUCCAGGCGCAGCUGAACAACGUCGGCAACAACCCGCAGCAGCAGAAGCAGAUUCUGGGUGAGGUCAUCUUCCCCAAGAUCCAGGCCCUGCAGCCCGAGCUUGCUGGCAAGAUCACCGGUAUGCUUCUGGAGAUGGAGAACCAGGAGCUGGUGCACUUGGUUGACGACGAGGCUGCUCUGAAGUCCAAGGUCGAGGAGGCUCUUGGCGUCUACCAGGAGUACGUCAAGAACCAGUCUCCCGCCGAGGAGGGCGAGAAGGCCAAGGCCGAGGAGAAGAACUAA